AUGGCACCUGCCGUCGGAGGUCCAGUCGGCUACACCCCACCUGAAGGAGGAUGGGGGUGGAUGGUGGUGAUGGGAGCGUUCAUCUCCAUCGGCUUUUCCUACGCAUUCCCUAAGUCUAUCACAGUCUUCUUCAAAGAGAUUGAGGUGAUCUUCAAUGUGACCAGCAGCCAAGUGUCCUGGAUCUCCUCCAUCAUGCUCGCCGUCAUGUACGGCGGAGGUCCAAUCAGCAGUAUCCUGGUCAAUAAAUAUGGCAGUCGCCCCGUGAUGAUGGCAGGAGGCUGUUUAUCUGGAUGUGGCCUCAUUGCUGCUUCAUUCUGCAACUCUGUCCAGGCUCUGUACUUCUGCAUUGGCGUGGUUGGAGGUUUGGGAUUGGCCUUUAACCUGAACCCUGCCCUCACCAUGAUUGGAAAGUAUUUCUACCACAAGCGACCCAUUGCCAAUGGAAUCGCCAUGGCUGGCAGUCCUGUCUUUCUUUCCACUUUGGCCCCGCUGAACACAUGGUUUUAUGAUAAGUUCGGCUGGAGGGGAAGCUUUCUCAUUCUGGGCGGCUUGCUCUUGAACUGCUGCGUCGCUGGUUCCCUCAUGAGGCCCAUCGGCCCGAAACCCAAACCUGCGGAGAAGACCACAGAAAAGAGGACCGCGGCUCAGAUCAUUAACAGUUUCAUCGACCUGUCUUUGUUCAAACAUCGGGGCUUUCUGCUGUACAUCUGUGGCAACAUCGUCAUGUUUUUCGGCCUCUUUGCGCCACUCGUCUUCCUGAGUAACUUCGCUAAAAGUAAAGACAUCCCCAAAGAAAAAGCAGCUUUCUUGCUUUCCGUUCUUGCGUUUGUUGACAUGGUGGCUCGCCCCUCCAUGGGCAUGGUUGCAAACACGAAAUGGGUUCGACCCAGAAUUCAGUACUUCUUCGCCGCAUCUGUGCUCUACAAUGGCGUGUGCCACGUUUUCGCUCCCCUGUCUGUUGACUACAAAGGCUUUGUCAUCUAUUCCAUGUUCUUUGGCUUUGCUUUUGGUUGGCUAAGCUCUGUGCUGUUUGAGACACUGAUGGACCUGGUGGGAGCCCAACGCUUCUCCAGUGCUGUCGGGCUGGUGACCAUUGUAGAGUGUGGCCCUGUGUUGUUGGGACCACCUUUGCUAGGAAGGUUCAAAGACAUCUAUCAUGAUUAUAAGUACACAUAUCAAGGAUGUGGGAUUCUUCUCAUCGUCUCCAGCUUCUUCCUUUUUGCUGGAAUGGGACUCAAUUAUCGGCUGCUCAACAAAGAGAAAAAAGAAGAGGAGAGGAGAGCCAGGGUCGGGGCCAGAGAUCAGAAGUUCAGUGCUGCAAAGGAGAUAUCUUCCAGCAGGAACACCGAGGAUACUGUCUAA